AUGGCACAGCCAAAUACGAACAAGCGCGUCUGUUUGUUUCCCACGCACGGAAGUCGCCCACAGCAGUGCGCCACCGCCAGGGUUGCCAUCGGCGGAACAGUCCCCAAGAACAUCAUGCCAACCUCCGCCCGCAAGAGUAGUCUAGGCGGCGCCAGACGCGGUCCCCAGAAGGCUCAUAUCCCCUAUCGUGGCGACAACCCCGAAGUUGGCAAGAAGACCGGCAUUGCCGUACAGCACGUUGAGCCCAAGUCGGAUGGAUUUGAGCCGUUUGAGGAGGUCAUCCAACAGGCGGACGGACGAACACCCCCUCGACCUAAACGACGGAAGAAGAGCACAGCUACACCCCGUCGAGACGAUUACUACGAGGACGAGGACGGAGAGCAGUCUAUGGAUGUGGACAGUCCUGUUCAGCACCUCAUAAACAUGAGACCACCCUCUACGCCUACCACAGCUGGGCGAAAUCGUUCGUCAGGACGACCUGUGGCACGCACCUCAGAAGUCGACUUCGACGAGAUUCCUUCGCCGCGACCACUUGCUUCCUCUCAAAGGACAAUGAAAAAUGGUGGCCCAGGACCCUCCAACCUCUCAAGAUCGACACGCGCUCGUGAGCCCGAGUCGGAAUCUGAGUCGCCGGAUGAAGGCCCAGGGGACUAUGGAGGCGGAGACUACGGAGACUUCGACGACUAUGGACCUCAGGAGAACUCUCCUGAGCAGCAAUCACCCAGAAGAACGAGUUUCGGUCAGAUAGAGGAAGACGACGAAGAACCGGAGGAAGAGGAACCAAAGCAAACACCGAAAGGUAAAGGGCGACACGAUAAGGGCAAGAGACGAGCGGAGAGAGAACCUUCGGAGGAGCAUGAAGAAGAGGAAGUAGAAGAUGAAAUUGCACAGGGAUUGGAGGAUGUGGGCUUGGGAGCUGACACUGACGAGGAAGAAGAGACAACACCAAAGCCACCGCCCAGGAAGGUAAAGGUAGACGAGAAACCGAAGAGGACAUCUCCCCGUAAAACCCAGAGUCAAUCCAAGAAGGAGAACAAGCCGAUCAGAGAGGGUGUGCGGAGAAGCCGAAGAGAGCAUAUUCCUCCCCUCGAAUACUGGCGCGGGGAAAGAUAUAUCUAUGGCCGAUCUACAAACUCAGGGGCUAUCCUCGUUCCCCAGAUCAAGGAGAUUGUCCGAAUACCCAAGGAGCCUCCAAUCAGUCUAGGCACGAAGCGGAAACGUGGGUCGACUCGUCCAAGGAGUAAGAGCAGAGGGCGUGAUCAUUCCGAGGAUCACAUCCCCCCUGCUCUUCCUGUCGCCAACCCAGAGGAGGGGUGGGACGACGACACUCAGGCGAAGUGCAUGGUCCUUCAUUACACUUCGAAGGAGGAGAUCGAAAGACGAAUUGCUUGGACGGCGAAGAUGGUUGAACCGCGAAUGGCAGCGAAUAACAAUUGGUCGUUCGAUAAAAUCUUCGGAGACGACGAGUUUAUCGCUGCCGGUCAGCUCAUUAUCCCACCUCGCGGCCGUAAGCCAAGUAAAGCGGCGAAAGACAACACAUAUAUAUUCUACGUCAUCGAAGGUGCGGUUAACUUGAAGAUCCACGAAACAUCCAUGAUCCUUGCAACGGGUGGAAUGUUUAUGGUUCCUCGAGGCAAUACAUACUUCAUCGAGAAUAUCUGUCAGCGAGAUGCCAAGCUAUUCUUCACACAAGCACGCAAAGUCGAAAUGAACGCCGAGGAGCUGGCGGCGAAGCAGCACCAUGUUGCCGAGACACAGAAACGCCAGAACGCCAUCGAGACGCAAAGGCGCAAGUCAGCUGUUCGCUCAUCAAGUGUGGGUGCAAACGUGUCGGUUGCACGCACACCUCCGUCGCAGCCACUUGGACGAGCAGCAUCGAUGGCAGCUUUCCCUACUUCGAGGAAGCCUUGA